UUCCACAAGCAAUAGUCACAUGACACGUUUCCUGUCAAGAUGGCGGAUAAUCUACCUUCGGAGUUUGAUGUGGUCGUAAUAGGGACGGGUUUGCCUGAAUCCAUCAUUGCGGCUGCAUGUUCAAGAAGUGGCCAGAGGGUUCUGCAUGUUGAUUCAAGAAGCUACUAUGGAGGAAACUGGGCCAGUUUUAGCUUUUCAGGACUGUUGUCCUGGCUAAAGGAACACCAGGAAAACAGUGAUAUUGUAAAGGAAUGCCCACUGUGGCAAGAGAAGAUCCUUGAAAAUGAAGAAGCUAUUGCUCUUAGCAGGAAGGACAAAACCAUUCAACAUGUGGAAGUGUUUUGUUAUGCCAGUCAGGAUUUGCAUGAAGAUGUCGAAGAAGCUGGUGCACUGCAGAAAAAUCAUGCUUCUGUGACAUCUGCAAACUCCACAGAAGCUGCAGAUUCUGCCUGCCUCCCUGCAGAAGAUCAGUCAUUAAGUACUGCUAGCUGUGAAAUACCCACAGAACAAACUCCAAGCAAUGAUCCAGAGAGUGCCCUAGAAGUAAAUGAUUUUGAAGCGACAGGGGAGAAAGAAAACCAUUGUGAUGAUAAAACUUGUGUGCCCUCAACUUCAGAAAAGGAAACAAGUGAAAAUGUGCCUAUGGCCGAAGACACCGCAGAGCAACCAAAGAAAAAUAGGAUUACUUACUCGCAAAUUAUUAAAGAAGGCAGGAGAUUUAAUAUUGAUUUGGUAUCAAAGCUGUUGUAUUCUCGAGGAUUGCUAAUUGAUCUUCUAAUCAAAUCUAAUGUUAGUCGAUAUGCAGAGUUUAAAAAUAUUACCAGGAUUCUUGCAUUUCGAGAAGGAAGAGUGGAACAGGUUCCUUGCUCCAGAGCAGAUGUUUUUAAUAGCAAACAACUUACUAUGGUAGAAAAGCGAAUGCUAAUGAAGUUUCUCACAUUUUGUAUGGAGUAUGAGGAACAUCCUGAUGAAUAUAAAGCCUAUGAGGAAAUUACAUUUUCUGAAUAUUUAAGAACUCAGAAAUUGACCCCCAACCUCCAAUAUUUUGUCCUACAUUCAAUUGCAAUGACAUCAGAGACAGCCAGCAGUACUAUAGAUGGUCUCAGAGCUACCAAAAACUUUCUUCACUGUCUUGGGCGGUAUGGCAACACUCCAUUUUUGUUUCCUUUAUAUGGCCAAGGAGAACUCCCUCAGUGUUUCUGCAGGAUGUGUGCAGUGUUUGGUGGAAUCUAUUGUCUUCGCCAUUUGGUACAGUGCCUUGUCGUGGACAAAGAAUCUGGAAAAUGUAAAGCAAUCAUAGAUCAGUUUGGUCAGAGAAUAAUCUCUAAGCAUUUCCUUGUGGAAGACAGUUACUUUUCUGAGAACACAUGCUCGCAUGUGCAAUACAGGCAGAUCUCCAGGGCAGUCUUGAUUACAGAUAGGUCUGUACUAAAAACAGAUUCAGAUCAACAGAUUUCCAUUUUGACAGUGCCAACAGAAGAACCAGGAGCUUUUGCUGUUCGGGUCAUUGAGUUAUGUUCCUCAACAAUGACAUGCAUGAAAGGCACAUAUUUGGUUCAUUUGACUUGUACGUCUUCUAAAACAGCAAGAGAAGAUUUAGAACCAGUUGUGCAGAAAUUGUUUACUCCAUAUACCGAAAAGGAGAUAGAAAAUGAAGAAGUUGAAAAGCCAAGACUUCUGUGGGCUCUUUACUUCAAUAUGAGAGAUUCUUCAGACGUCAGCAGGAACUCUUAUAAUGAUUUACCAUCCAACGUUUUUGUCUGCUCUGGCCCAGACUGUGCUUUAGGAAAUGAUAAUGCAGUCAAACAGGCUGAAGCACUUUUCCAACAAAUCUGCCCCAACGAAGACUUCUGUCCACCCCCACCAAAUCCUGAAGACAUUAUCCUUGAUGGAGACAGUUUACAACCAGAGGCUUCAGAAUCCAGUGCUAUACCAGAGUCCAACUCAGAGACUCCCAGGGAAAGCGCAAAUCUGAGAAACCCAGAGGAGCCCUCUGAAUAACUAGUAUACACCAAACUGAAUAGAACAUUUUGGAAAAUCCUCCUAGCCUCAGAGUCCUCUUGAUGGAAGAACUGUUUGAAAAAUGUUACAAAGCAGCAGCCAGUUGACAUGCAGAAUUACCAAGAGAAAAAAAUGAUAGAAAUCCAAAAGGGAAUUUUCCUUAAAAAGGACAUUCAAGACCACAAAACACUUGUAAAGCACAUUCACUUGCCUGCUUUAAGAUACCAGACCUGUGGAAUUAGCAGAUAAAAAUUAUAAAUGGAUUGAUUCCCAGAAAUAUAGCUAUGUUUAUGAAAGCGAUCCUAUACAUUGAUAAUAAUUCUGUGGUAUUAGGACAGCUUUUGCUUGCCACUUUGGAUCUUUGUUUGAAAACCACAUCUUCAAAAUCUGGUUACAUAUUUCCUUUGAUUAUUUGAGUUAUAUUUUCUUUAUGGGUAUGAGCAUCGUGACACAAAUGAUAAAAGCAUACGUAAAUAUAGCUGAUAAAAACUAA